GGCAUGCGCCGGCGGCGCUGAGGCAUGAGCGCGGCGCGCGCGCCGGAUCCCCGCGACCCACCGCGCCAUCACCGCCAACACCCUCAGGGUGGCGGCGAGGCGCGCGCGGGGCGCAGCAAGCGGACGUCGGCGUCUUCGACGGGGUCCCUGGGCCGAGGCGCACUGUCCGACCCUGAUCUCCAGAGCCGGUUGCAGCCAAACCUUCCAGCGUUCUGGGAAUCAUCGCCAACAUUGACGCUUUUUUCGUCAAAGGGCUCAGCAGAUUCGAACUAUUCGCAACCAUCGUCGGAGCUGUCGCUUGACGAAGACAAGGAGGCGCUGCGCCGCGAGAAGGAAGCGCAGGCUAUCAAACAGCUGGACAAGGCACGGGAGAAGCCAGUGGCGUUCGCGGUGCGCACCAAUGUGUCAUACGAUGGCACCGUGGACGACGACUCGCCGGUGCACGGCAGCGCCAUCUCCUUCGAGGUGCGCGAUUUUCUCCACAUCAAGGAGAAGUACGACAACAACUGGUGGAUCGGGCGGCUCGUGAAGGAGGGCAGCGACGUGGGCUUCAUCCCGUCGCCCGUGAAGCUGGAGGCGGUGCGGACGGGGCUGGGCGCGCGGCGCUACCCGCGGCCCGCGUCCGCCGCGCCGCCGCCGCACGCGCCGCCCCUCUCCCGAGGUAGCACCCCCCCCACGCCCGAUGUGCCUUCGUUCGAUCGAGGCGAGGAGUCGGACGGGGCGGGCCGCGGGCGGGGCGCGGGGGGCAAGGAGAAGCGCAAGCCGUUCUUCAAGAAGGCGGAGGCGAGCACGCCGUACGACGUGGUGCCGUCCAUGCGGCCCGUCGUCAUCGUGGGGCCCAGCCUCAAGGGGUACGAGGUCACCGACAUGAUGCAGAAGGCUUUGUUUGAUUUUCUCAAAAGACGCUUUGAAGGCAGGAUCAUCAUCACCCGCGUGCAGUCUGAUAUAUCAUUGGCCAAACGGACGCAAAACGCGCCAAAGAAACCGUUCGUAGAGAGGGCCGGUAACAGGACCAACUGUUUAGCCGAGGUCCAGGCUGAAAUCGAGAGGAUAUUCGAGCUGGCUCGGACCCUUCAACUCGUGGUGCUGGACUGUGACACCAUCAACCAUCCUUCACAGCUGGCCAAGACUUCACUGGCUCCCACCAUCGUGUACCUGAAAAUCUCCAGUCCCAAGGUGCUACAACGGCUGAUCAAGUCGCGAGGGAAGGGGCAGACCAAGAACCUGUCGGUGCAGAUGGUGGCCGCCGAGAAGUUGGCGCAGUGCCCGCCUGACAUGUUCGACGUCAUCCUCGAUGAGAACCAGCUCGAGGACGCUUGCGAACAUAUUGCUGAAUAUUUAGAGGCGUACUGGCGCGCGACGCACCCGCCGGUGGCGGCGGAGGCGGCGCCCGCGCGCGCGCUGGCCCGCGCGCACAACGCGCACGCCGUGCCUGGCGGCAGGUCCCGCGCGGCGCGGCCGGAGCGCCUGGAGGAGGAGUACUACCCGCGCGGCGAGCGCUGCGAGCGGUACGAGCGCGGCUACCCGCGCGACUACCACGACUACGGGCCGGAGUACCCGCGGGAGCGAGCCCACACCGCGCAUGCGCCGGCGCCGCACGACGCGUACGGACACGACUACACGCGCGACGCGUACGCGCGCGACGAGUACGGGCGCGAGUACGCGCGCGACGAGCGCGAGCGGCGCCGCGACCGCGACCCGCCCGACGACUACGGGCCCUCGCGCCGCGCGCUCAACGCUGUGUAGUGCCGCGCCGCCCGCCUCGCGCCGCACGCCGUGCUGCGCCGUGCCGCGCUGUGCCAUGCCGUGCCGCAUCGUGCCGCAUCGUGCCGCACCGUGCCGCACUGUGCCGGGACGCACCGCGCCGCACGCCGUGCCGCGUCCCGCUGCGCCGCCGCUGCUUGCGGCAAUUGUAUAAAUUUUACAUACAGAACGUAAGAGGGGCUAAGUUUAGUACCGUUAGAUAUUAUCCGUUUCCCAUUUUUUGAACAUACUCUGUAAUUAUAUUGCAUCGUCUGUACUUCAUUGUUGCAAUCAUUUGUAAAUAAAAUACUUUAUAUCGAUGACUGAA